ACAUUCCGUGAUUUUCAUUCCACAAGAAUGUUUUUGCUCUCACAGCCUCGCAAGAUUGAGGAGAUCAAGGAUUUCCUGCUGACAGCGCGGCGGAAGGACGCCAAGUCCGUCAAGAUCAAGAAGAACAAGGACAAUGUGAAGUUCAAGGUGCGCUGCAGCCGGUACCUCUACACCCUGGUCAUCACCGACAAGGAGAAGGCAGAGAAGCUGAAGCAGUCCCUGCCCCCAGGUCUGGCCGUGAAGGAGCUGAAAUGAGCCGGGAGCAGCUGGGUACUUGUUGGAGUCUCUGUGUUUGUUAAAAUAAAUAAAAAACUGUUCCUGGUGUCA